GCUGCGUGGCGUGGGUCGCGAGGCGGUACUUUUGGUCCCGCGCUUACGUGACCUUGGAACGAUUUCCGGGACGGAUCCGGCGAGAGUUCACCACGCUGUCUCUGAGGUGUGGGUCAUCACCAAGAAAACUACACGUGUGUUUGAAGUUUAGGGGUUUGCUGAGAGAUGGAGUGGUGAUGCCAUUAAAGUGAAAUGUAUUGUACUUUUCUGACCUACAUCCCUUAAUGGAAAGGGCUUAACAAGUCAAUAAAGAGGACUGCACCCAAGAUCAGAAUCCGAUGCUGGGUCUCUCCUACAAAAUGACUACCUGUUUCAUGUUUUUAAGACACUUUGCCAGGCGAUCUGUUGUGCCAUUUGUCCUUCAUAAGAAAGAAGUAGGUUUAUAUUUUACCAUUCUACACAAGCGCCUUUCUUCUAGAACACCUGUUUUGUUUUAUCCUAAUAAGGAGAAUGUCCCACCUAUUGAGAAGAUAGAUUUGGAUGAGUGGAAAAAUACAAUGAAAUCUAGUUUACCAGAGGAAAGAAGUAGUUUUACAACCUCAGAUGACACUAUAACAGCAACUAAUAAAGAGAAUGUCCCACCUAUUGAGAAGAUAGAUUUGGAUGAGUGGAAAAAUACAAUGAAAGCUAGUUUACCAGAGGAAAGAAGUAGUUUUACAACCUCAGAUGAUACUCUAACAGCAACUAGAGAGUGGAUUGAGAUGUGUAGACUACUUAACAAAGAAGUGCCAGAACAUAUUAGUGAUGAGGAUCUCAAAAUGAUUGCAGAAUGUCCCAGCAAAAAGUCCAAAAAGAAAAAGCUCAGAUAUUUAUAUAUCAAGGAAAUACGUAAAAAAGCUAAGAAAGAAAAAAAGGAAAGGAAAAGAGCAGAAAUGGAUGAAACUGAAAAGCAAAAACAACUUGGAAAUGCUGAAGAAUCUGAGAAUACAGAGCUAAAGAAUACUUUUCUCUUGCCACUUACGGAUAGAGCUUGGAGAACUGAAUGGGAUUGGAGAAAUGCCCAGGCAAUGAUGUUUGGCCAGCCUUUAGUUUUUGACAUGGCUUAUGAAAAUUUCAUGCCUGAAAGAGAUUUGAAGAACACUGUGUCCCAACUCUUAGAAAGUGAAGGAGCCAAUCGAAAAAACAUAGAUCCAUUCCAUAUACAUUUUUGCAAUCUCAAAGUCGAUGGUGCUUAUCACAAAGAAUUACUUCAUCGUUACAAAGAGAAAUGGGACCAGUUGCUUUUGACAACAACAGAAAAGUCUCAUGUAGAUAUAUUCCCAAGAGAAAGUCUUAUCUAUCUGACUGCUGAUUCUCCCAAUGUUAUGACUACUUUUAGACAUGACAAAAUUUAUAUAAUCGGAUCUUUUGUUGACAAGUGUUCACAACCCCGAAUAUCUUAUGCAAAUGCAAAACGACUGAAGUUAGCAAGUGAACGUCUUCCAUUGGAUCGAUAUCUUCAUUGGGAAGUUGGAAAUAAAAAUCUCACCUUAGACCAAAUGAUGCGUAUAUUAUUAAGUCUUAAGAAUACUGGUGAUUGGGAAGAAGCACUGAAGUUUGUUCCAAGGAGAAAGCAUAGUGGUUUUCAUAGUGUUUUCAUUAAUUCCAAGAAUUUUGUCGAGGGUUUACAAAAAGAUAAGUCAGAGAUUAAGAAAUCCUUUCGAAAAUUGUCUUCAAAUGCAAAGAGCUGGGAAACAUGGUGGAAGGAUGAGUAAUACAAUCUUAAAAUCAGUAUUAGAAUGUUUCAGUAAUUAUCGUUAACUUGAACUGUUGUAUUUUUCAUCAGAUUGCUGGUUGGGACUCCUGUUCAUCUCUAUUGCUUCCAUAUUACAAGUGUGUCAGUUAUUUACUAUAUAGUGCUCCAGUCUCCUGGAAGAGUGCUUUAGAGAGCCUGAGUCCCAAGGAAAACUGAACUACUGUCAAUUGUGCAGAACAAUAAAUUGUGACAUUUAUUAUUAAAUAAUUAAAUAAUCGUCUUUCAGAUGAUUUGAUUCCCACACUCAUUAGAUUUUUUGAUAAUUAUUUUGUAGAUUCUAUCAGCAAAUGUCAUUUCAACAAAUAGCAUUUUAUAAUUGAUUUUCAAGCUUAACGGUUGGUUAUCUUGUUUUGAUGUGUUAAAGCAAAAGGUGAUUAAGUGUUAGAUAAGUAGUACUUAUUCAAUAGAUUUUUUUUGAAUGAUGAAUAAAAUAUUUGAGUACAACAAAAAAAAUAUUGGAUGGAUCUUUGUAGGGCAGCAUGAUGGGAUUCUAUUUAUACUGAUUUUCUUUCAUUGAAAUAAAAU